GCUUGAGCAUGCGCCGCGCAGAGGUCUAUGAUUGAAUGUGGUGCAUACGUGUUUAUUUUUAUUUUAAAUUAAAUUGAAUAAAUUUCAUAAAAUUAUUAAAAAUGUCACGACAACAACAAGAUAUUGACGAACUUUUUGAUGUUAAGAAUCACUUCUACAUAGGAAAUUAUCAACAAUGUAUUAAUGAAGCACAGAAAUUGAAGAAGACUUCAACACCAGAAGUUGCUAUUGAUAGAGAUAUAUUCACCUACAGAGCUUACAUGGCCCAAAAUAAAUUUCUAGUGGUUCUUGAUGAAAUACACGGAGCUUCGCCAGCAAGAGUGCAACCACUGAAGUUACUUGCAGAGUAUUUGUCCAAUAAGCAAAAACGUGAAGACGUGGUGCAACAAAUGGAGCAAAAACUUGAAAGUUCGGUACAAGACAACGAUAUUCUUGUGCUGGUUGCGGCUACAAUUUAUAUGCACGAAUUGAAUUAUGAAGCUGCCUAUAAGGUUCUUCACACAUCGGAAACAUUGGAAGCAUUAGCAAUUACUUUAGAUAUAUUAAUUAAGAUGCAUCGUAUUGAUUUGGCGAAAAAGAAAUUGAAAGAAAUGCAGGACAAGGACGACGAUGCUACAUUAACUCAACUUGCCCAAGCUUGGGUGAAUGUUGCAAUGGGUGGCGACAAACUGCAAGAUGCAUAUUAUAUCUAUCAAGAGUUAGUGGACAAAUAUGGUCCAUCUCCAAUUUUAUUAAAUAAUCAAGCAGUUACUUUUAUUGGUCAAGGUAAAUAUGAGGAAGCGGAAGCUGCUCUUCAAGAAGCCUUGGAUAAGGAUUCCAAUUUCCCAGAUACACUUAUCAAUUUCAUUGUUCUCUCGCAACAUACCGGGAAAGGACCUGAGGUAGUUAAUCGAUAUCUAUCCCAAUUAAAAGAUAAAAAUGCAGACCACCCAUUCCUAAAGGACUUAAAACAAAAGCAAGAAGAAUUUGCACAUAUAUGCCAGCAAUAUGGCCCAAGCACAUCUGCCAGGGCUUAAAGUUCUGCAGUGGCGUGAUUGAAAAAAAUUGUAAUUAAUUAAUAUAUGUAUCACAGAUCUA